AUGGCUAAUCGUAUUUCGCUAAUUAAAAUUGAGGAAGGUGAUGAUCAUUUAUUUUGGGCCAGAACCAAAAGCGAAAAAUAUGAAGUCAGCUCAGGUUACCAAAUUGCCUACCUGUUCUAUCACUCUCCAAUUGAUUAUUGCCCCGAAUUGAUGCAGCACAAAGACACAUGGUUGGAGCUCUGGAAAAUGCCCCUAUUCCCAAAAAUCAAGUUUUUCCUCUGGCGAUGUUUGCAUGAGAAGCUCCCGGUUCUGGAGAACCUCCACCGCCGCAUCCACACAAUAUCCCCUCUCUGUAGGCGCUGCAAUCUCAGCCCAGAAACCAUUAGUCACUGUUUAUUCUUCUGCCAAAAAUCGAAGGAGGCCUGGGUUAGAAGUUCAUUACCUGGGUUGGUUUGUGGAGAUGGGUCCUUCUCCUUUUGGCGAACGUGGUCGGAAAGUGUAGGCAAGCUCAAGAGGCGGAGAAGCAACAACCGUGAUUUUCAGAUGCUGGCGAUUAUGUGUUGGCAAAUCUGGAAAUUAAGAAACCGGCUCAUCUUUGAAAAUGAUACUGAAGGAAUAGAACAAAUUCUUACUUCAACUAGCAAUCUUCUUCAAGAUAUGUAA